CCCACCAAUGCUACCAGCACGCUGUAAAUUAUUCCCUGGGGCGCUAUCCUGACUACUGGAUUUCUAUCGGUGUGCUCUACUACGAGGUUUACCAAUACCAUGAUGGUUUCGAUGCUGUGUGGAGAGCUAUUCGAUUGAAUCCCUAUGUAUGGGAAGCGUGGUACAAUCUAGGGUGUCUGUACGACACGACCAAUGAUCAAAAGCGUAACGUUAUGAAAGCACUGCAAAGAUGCCUAGACCUGAAACCAAACUGCCUAUCCGCCAAGGAACGCCUUACAGUAAGGACCAAGGCUCAACCCACCCAGAUGGUCCCAUUGCUAUGAGCUAUAAUGUACCCGCUAUUGUAUCUGAUUGUGUUGAAGAUAAAGCGGAGUUCCACGGAGACCGGACCAACGGUGAUAGAGGCGGUAUUUCAUCUCAGCCAAGCCGUUCUCUAGAGAUGAACGAGGUUGCAUCCAUGAGUAUUAACGAUGAGAACGAUUUCGACCAGGGUAGGCCCGAUGGAGACGAGCAUGAGUUCGAUUAUGACGGCUCUGAUGAAGGAUUCGACGAAGAUGAUCUUGAUGAAUCUGAAUUUGGGGGUCCAAUGGAAGGGGGCGGAGAAGAAGAUCUUUAAACUCGGAAAGAGAAGGUCGCGAAAACAAGAACCCAACGUUGGCAUGCGGCGCACUGAGCGACCGCGGUCAACAGCGCGCUUCCCUGAAGACACCGGACCAUAUCUCCGCAAGGCAACCCUACCUGCGAAUCAAUCAUCCUCGAAUAAUCCACGGCAUAGCUAGAAUCUGUCUGGCGUCUUGUCCUAAGCCGAUAAUGAGUGCCCUAGCCUCGUCUCCACCGACGGUUG